AUGGCGGCCAAAGUCUCCGGAGGAGUCCGCGCGUCAGACGAGGGCCGCGGCGGCGAAGAGACUGGUGAAGGCCGCCGCGGCGAAGAAGAGAGCAUCUGCCUCUUCUUCGCCCAAGCGUGCCCAGACUCCGCCCUCCUCCCCUCCUCCGGCGGACGCCGACGCGGGGAUCCUCUCUCAGCGGACCGGGAGGACCUGGACACCGUCAUCGAGGACGUGGCCAAGGGCGCUGCAGCGGAGGCCGAGAAGACCUCCGCCAGGGGCGCCGUGGAGGAUGCCACCGAAGGGCCUGGGGUGGAGGCCGGCAAGGCUACCACCGAGGAGGCUGGCAAGGGGCCUGCCGGAGAGGCUGACGCAUCGAACACCAGGGCUCCGGUCGAGGGGGAGGUGUUUGACGACGAGGUGCUCGCCGCUGCCGGGCUUGAGAUCGUUGACAAGCCGAGUGCUGGUGGCGACGGCUCCCAGGAAGAGCGGCUCCUCAAUGCCAUGGGCACCAGCUUCCGGAAGCUCGAGGCACUCCACCGCACCCGCCUGGACAAGGCUAAGUCUAGGAUGGCGGUUGCGGAGAAGGCGGAGGCAGACCUCCAGAAGCAUGCCCAGGAGACGGCGGAGGGCUUGGACGCGGCAGCUGAGGCCGCCCGGACCCAGCACCGGGCCGCGCUGAACUCCCAGGAGGAGGACCUCGCCAAGCGCGAGGCGGAUCUCGAUGCCAAACUCCGCGGCAAGGACAGGGAGGUGGAGAAGCUUGUCUUGGAGCGGACCCGUGAGCUGGAGCAGAGGCAUAAAGAGGCGCUCGAUGCCCAGCUCCAGGUUCACGCUGGCAAGGUGAAGGAGUUGGAGGUGGAGCGGGACAAGCUGAAGGAGAAGGCCCUGAAGCUGUCCCAGUAG